UUAUAAUUUAUUAUUCAUUUUGAUUUAGAAAUCUUAAAGUUUUAGUAAAAAAGAAAUAUGGUUAUUUGGUAUAUUUCAAGCAAAGAAUUUAGUUCUGCUAGUUAUUUUUCUAAAUAUACCCACUUUUUUCUCUAGCUCUCCCCCGAUGUGUUCAACAUAUAAGUGUUCUUUUUGCGUGGAUUGGGUCAUGAAUCUGGGCAAAUCUUGUCUGAUUGGAUUAAGCUUGAAAGCCUGUUGAGUCCAUUGGAGUGACUAAAGUCCAUCCAUAGAAAAUGAAACCAGGGUUUUUAAAAAAAUUGGGACUUGGGUUUGGAGCUGAGCUUAUUUGGUUGAUUGAAAGUGGAGAUAUACAAGGAAUGGCGAGUGGUUUUGGGGAACCAACAAGCAUACCACCCCCAAGUCCGUCUUGCUCGGGUAGUAAUAAUGCUAAUGAUGCUGGUGAUUUUGAAUGCAAUAUUUGCUUCGAAUUAGCUCAAGACCCAGUUGUCACUCUUUGUGGUCAUCUCUUCUGUUGGCCAUGCCUGUACAGAUGGUUGCACCAUCAUUCGCAUUGUCAAGAAUGCCCGGUUUGCAAGGCCCUCAUACAAGAGGAAAAACUCGUUCCUCUCUAUGGCAGGGGCAAAAACCAGACUGAUCCGCGAUCAAAAUCAUAUCCGGGCAUGGAAAUCCCAAACCGCCCUGCUGGGCAAAGACCGGCAACCGCUCCUCCCCCGGAAACAAAUCAGUUUGCCAAUUAUGGGUUUGGACUAAUGGGGGGUUUUGUUCCAAUGGCAACUGCUAGGAUUGGUAACUUUACGAUGGGUUUUGGAGGCCUAUUGCCAUCUUUGUUUAAUAUUCAGUUUCAUGGAUUUCCAGAUGCUACUGUGUAUGGAACAACUUCAGGAUUCCCUUAUGGGUUCAAUACAGUUCAUAGUGGUCAUGCUCAAGGGUUUCCCCGGCCAACAACUCGAGGACGGCAGGCAGACAAUGUUUUGAAGAAUCUUCUUUUGUUCGUUGGGUUCUUUGUGGUCCUUGCUCUGCUUUGUUGGUGAAAUAGUUUGACAUUUAAGCUCAGCCGGUGCUGGUUAUUUAGUUUCUGUGCCUGUAAAAAUGCAUACUGGGUUGGCAAUUAUGUUUUGGCUUGGGAAAAGUUGUCUAUAUGAUACUUUGUCAUUUUUGUCUCAUUUAGCAUCAGCAACAACUUGUCUUAAUUUCUCUUUCUGAAACAAAAACUAGUGAAGGUUUUUUUCUUA